AUGGAUUCCAAUAUCACCACUGAACUAGUAGCCUCUUCGCCUUCUCCUUCCACCAAUUCCUGGAAAUAUCAUGUCUUUCUUAGUUUUAGGGGUGAGGAUACGCGCUACAGCUUUACAGACCAUCUGCACAGCAGUUUGCUAAGCAGGGGAAUUAACACCUUCAGGGAUGAUGAUCAACUCGAAAGAGGACAAGAUAUAUCAAGGGAGGUUUAUCAAGCAAUUAAAGAGUCAAGGAUUUCUAUCAUCCUAUUCUCUGAAAACUAUGCCUCAUCAACUCGGUGCUUGGAAGAGCUUGCUAAGAUUAUUGAAUUUAAGAAUUCACAGGACCAAAUUGUUAUCCCGGUUUAUUACAAAGUGGACCCUGCAAAUGUAAAAAAGCAAAUGGGCGCUAUUGGUGAAGCAUUUGCUCACCAUGAAAACAAAUUCAAGGAGAAUUUGGAGAUGGUAGAGCGAUGGAGGGCGGCUCUUACGGAUGCAGCAAAUUUGCCUGGGAUGAAUUUUAACAAUUAUGAGUACGUAUAUUUCUAA